AUGUGGAUCCCAUAUGAAUGGAUUCGUACUAGCAAAGAAGAUUCUACGAGCUGGAUAUUAUUGGAUGAGUAUGGAGAGCGACUGCUGCAAAUAUGUGCAAAGAUGACACCAAUGCUAGAGGAACGAACUUUAACAGGAGCAACUCCAUACUUGUUGGUCUACGGAACUGAAGUAGUCAUACCUGCUGAAGUUGAGAUACCUUCCCUGAGAAUCAUUCAGGAAGCAGAAUUGGACAAUGCUGAUUGGGUCCGAGCUCGUUAUGAGCAAUUGGCUUUGAUUGAUGAGAAAUGGAUGAUUGUUGUAUGUCAUGGUCAGUUGUACCGGCAAAGGAUGGCAAGAGCUUUCAAUAAACGAGCCAGAACCAGACUCUUUCAAAUUAGGCAAUUGGUGCUCAAAAGGAUUUUCCCGCAUCAAGAGGAAUAUAAGGGGAAGUUUGCUCCCAAUUGGCAGAGGCCUUACAUAAUACGCAAAGUACUCUCUGAUGGAGCGGUAGUAUUGGCAGAAAUGGACGGUCAAGAGUGGCCGAAACCGAUCAACUUCGAUGCAAUCAAGCGUUACUAUGCAUGA